AUGCUUCCCAAACUCACCGGAGCUAUUGUGGGUCUCCUCACAUUAUCCGCUGUAACCGUGGCCAAUCGAGUUCCAUUUGACGAAAACGACAAUGCCCAAGUCUGUGAGGGAAUGUAUUCCAAGAAAGACUGGGGUGGCAGUAUCCAUCCUCAGAUUCAAUUGAAGCUUGAAAAGUUUGGAAGCCAUAAGUAUGAUAAGAAGAAUCCCGAGGCAAAUCAGGAUGGUGAUACCCGUGUCAGUUAUGUCGUUUUUGAGUACAAGGAUAUCGUCCACCUAGGAAAGACCAACAAGGCUGGUCGUAGAAAGUACAUCUGUGACACUAGCGCCAUCGCCGAAGGCUUGUGUGAAGAUAAGUCAGAGGGCAAAUUUAUCGUGAACAGUGAUAUCACCAACACCACGGUCCAGACUGCUCAAUUGACGCAUUUGGGACCAGGAAAGAUCAACUACUCUGUUGACCGGACCGGCUACUACUGUGUGGCAACAUACAGUGAUACGAACUCCAAAUAUAAGGGUGUGGUCAAUUUCCAGAACGCUUUCGGCCAUUUGAGUGCCUCCGAGAUUCCGAAGUUGCCGGCUUAUGGUAUUCUUACCCUUAUGUACGCCGUCGUGUUAGCUUUGUUCGGAUUCCAGUUCUUCAAAAAGAGAAACCAGAACCAGAUCUUGCCAUUGCAGAGGUACUUGUUGGCAAUGCUUGGAUUCUUGACUUUCGACACUUUGGUUGUAUGGUCUUACUACGACUUGAAAAAUAGAACCGCCAACCAGAAGAAUGGGUUUGUCAUCUUUUACACGGUUUUCUUGUCGUUCUUGAAUGCGGGCAAGAUGACUUUCUUUUUCUUCUUGCUUUUGUGUAUUGGUCUCGGAUACGGUGUUGUCAAGUUGAAGUUGCCCAAGAAGAUUAUGUUCCGUUGUAAGCUUCUUGCGGCUUUCCAUUUUGCUGCUUCCAUGUUCUACCUUGUCAUGACAUACGUGAGAUCCUCUGAAAACUCGUUGUCUUCCAACAACAGCGUUUCCUCAGACAACUAUGGUGCCAGCAUCUGGGACAUUAUCCCAAUGAUUCCAGUGGCAGUGACUAUGACCGCAUUCUACGUGAGCAUCUUGACUUCUAUUCGUGGUACUACGGCAAACCUCCAUAAACAGCGCCAGGUGAUCAAGUUACAGCUUUACGAGAACUUGUUCCGUAUCAUUUUCCUCUCCGUGUUCCUUUCCAUGGGUGGAUUGGUACUUUCUAGUUUCAUCAUUUUGAGUUUGUCCACGACAGAUGUAAUUGAGGAGCACUGGAAGGGAUCAUACUUUUUGUUCGACUUCUGGCCAAGUAUCGUGUUCUUCUUGGUAUUCCUCGGAGUCUCGUGGCUCUGGAGGCCAACUGAGACGAGUUACAUGUUGGCCGCUUCUCAACAGCUUGCCACCGAUGGUGGCGAGGAAGGCGAGCACACUGGGGCUCAAGGUCAUGAGUUCGAAUUGGAUGACAUCUCGUUGAUGAGCCAUAGCGAUGACGAGAACAACCUCGGAAGAGAUAGUUUUGAGUUGCAAAACCUGAAUAUUCCUAGUGAAGCACCUCCAAACUACGAGGAAGACGACGCUGUUCACAAAAGAGACCUGCUUCAUGGCGAAGCUGGUAAGUCAAGCAAUACCCUCUUCGAGUUGGGAGAUGAUGACGACGACCGCCAGCACGGUAGUAGCACCGGUCGCGAGGAAUACGAGCCUCUUGAUGACGACGACGAGUCUGAUGAUCGCUUGAAAAAAUAG